AUGAAUCUAACAGCAGUGAACCAAAGCGAUGUCUGUCAGGAAUAUUGGUGUCCAGGGAGAUCUGUUUCUUUAUCUGUCUAUGUGAUUCUGUAUGUGGCCACAGCAGCUGUGUCUCUGCUGACCAUGUGUGGAAACCUGCUGGUCAUCUUCUCUGUUAGUCACUUCAAGCAGCUCCACACACCUGCUAACAUCCUCAUCCUCUCUUUGGCUGUGUCCGAUCUCCUGGUUGGAGUUGCUGUGAUGCCAUUUCAUUUGACUUUGUUGAUUGAGUCAUGUUGGAUUUCUGGACCAGCGAUGUGUUCGGUUUUCAAUUUUGUGAAUUUUCAGGCGACAAGCGUGUCUGUUCACACUGUGGCUCUGAUAGCAGUUGAUCGUUUUUUGGCUUUAAGUUCUCCUUUUUUUUACUCAGAGAAAAUCUCACCCACUGUGAUCUGCAUAGCGACUUUAUUUAACUGGCUGUUUUCACUCAUUUAUAACUUCAUUCUUCUCUUUGUUAAUGGAAACUUCACUGAUGUCAUGUGUCCAGGAGUGUGUGUUUCUAGUGUAGAUAGAGUUUCAUCUUUCAUUGAUCUUCUGAUUGUGUUUCUUAUGCCAUGUACACUUAUUAUAAUAUUAUACACUCAUGUUUUUGUCAUCGCUAAGAGACAUGCGACUGCUAUAAGAGCCCUUCAGGUUCACAACAGAACAGAAUCCUCCAAAAACAGAGUCAGUGACAAAUCAGAGCGAAAAGCUGCGAUCCUGCUGGGGAUUCUGGUCAUUGUGUUUCUCCUGUGUUUACUGCCGUAUUAUAUUUGUUCUUUAGUGAUUCCGUACAGUAAUGCUGACUUGUUUUAUGUCAGAGAUGUUGCUGUAAUAUUUUUCUUGCUGAACUCCACCAUUAAUCCUAUCAUUUAUGCUUUAUUCAAUCCCUUUUUUAAAAAAAGCUUAAAAUUAAUUUUCACAUUUCAAGUGUUUAAUAAAGACUCAUCCCGGAUGAAUGUGCUGUAA